AUGGAGCGCGGCGCCCCCGAGUACUCGCAGUCAGGUUUGCCUUCGCCCCAUCCUAGUGUCGUCGGCGACACGCAAAUUAAGGCGGAACCUGUAGAUCCGGCGUCUGCACCACAGUACGCGACCCAGCACGAGGCGCGGUCAUCCAGCUACUCCAACUCGGCCACUCCCACCUCGGAAUACAGUGUGUACCCGACCACGGCGCGGUCCGGCACCUUUCCAGACAUGCAGCGUUCGUACCACCCCGCCAGCAACCCUAACGGGGGCAGCGGCGGUAUGCCGCAAACACCAAACAGUCCGUCCAUGCCUCUGCAAGAUGGGCGCAGCCAUCAGAACCCCCAGCCGGAGCAGGCCAAGUCUGACAGCGCUCUGCCUAUAGAUCCUUCCAUCGCAGGUGUCAGCCCGACCUACGCCACUCACGGCCAGUACCCCCCUUACGCGCCUCCACCGCCCCAAGACAUGUCUCAUGGGUACCAGCACCCGGGAACGCCGGGCCUGUACACCCAGCCUCGCCCCGACUGGGGCGGUUACGGCCAGCAGGCUGCGGGACAAAUCACCCCAGGCACCCACAUCUUCCACCAGGCUCCUCCCGCCGCACCGGGUCAAGGCCGUCCACAUCAGGUGUACAGCUUCGUUCCAAUUCCUGGGGCACAGCAGCACAAGAGGCCCAGGAGGCGGUACGAGGAGAUUGAGCGCAUGUAUAAGUGCGGUUGGCAAGGCUGCGAAAAGGCGUAUGGCACUCUCAACCAUCUCAAUGCCCAUGUGACGAUGCAAGCGCAUGGCACGAAGCGCACUCCAGAAGAAUUCAAGGAGAUUCGUCGUGAGUGGAAAGCCAAGAAGAAGGAGGAAGAGGCGCGCAAGGCGGCCGCUGCUGAGGAGGAGCGUCAGCGCCAGGCUGCGGCUGCUGCUGCGGCGGCCCAGAACGGUGGCGGCGAUCCGCAAGCCUCGGCAGACCCCGCCCAGCCCCCAACGUCGUAUCCAGGCUCGGGAACUGUUCAGCUGCCUCCGAUCGGCUAUCAGCCGCCUCGGUAUCCCGGACCGCCUUCGGCUGGCAUGCCGCAGCAAAUGUCCGAGUACAGCUACCCGAGCUAUUCGCCGACGUCGCCGUACGGCCAGCAAAACCAGCCGAUGUACCAUCAACACAAUGGUGGCCAACCUCCGAAUCAUUAG